UUUUCAUCGUAGUUGGGGUUUGUUGUCGAUAAAAUUCAUACAUAUGUUUCCGAUGAAUUAUGCUUUGUUUCACAUCAUGCAAAUUUUAUCCGGACACAGGGGAAACAUAAAUCUAUAUAUGUAAACGGAGCAUGCUUUUGAUUGAUUUCUUUUAUUAUCCUUACUCAUCGUCAUGGUUUGGGGUGCACUAUGCAACGUGUACACUGGCUCUUUUACGCAGUUUUUUAAUGACUCAACUACCACUUGUGUUUCAAAAGACUACUCUAGAACUUGAUCCACUUGACCCUUCUCGCACUAUUUUCUACACACUCUUUAUAAUAAAAUUACAUUUUUAGUCAUCCAUCUACAUAUUUAAAAUGAGAUCAUUUCCUCUAACCAAAUCCACUCCGAACUCCUUAAUUAUUCAAAUCAGGAAGGACUCAGAAAUGCAACCGUGCAAAAAAUACUACUUGUCCCAGUUGAAUAGUGUCUCCGCAAUUACUUCCACCACACCCAGACAACACCCACAAAAUAUCGUAGAUGACAGGGAAGAUGAGACGUACUACUUCGUCAGUUCUAACAUUAUAAUCUUCCUCAUCUACGCGUUUGCCGGCCAGGCAGUCUCGUUCUUGUCGAUAGAGGUUCUCAUGAAUCUGGUGGGAAUCGGCGACCUCUGGAAAAGACCGAGCAUCAUGGAAUGCGUCAGUCUGAUGGGAUGUUGCCUUAUAAGUUAUGAAAUUGCUGGGAUCCUUUAUAACUGGUGGAGUGACCUGUGGAUGAAAAUAGAUAUGGUAAAGUCUGUCGCAAAGGAGAAAGUACGUCCUGAAGAAACUUUUUAUAUUCCUGUGGGGGCUAAUUGGUUUCUCGUAAUUGGACUCAGCCAUUUUUAUGUGUGGAAAGAUAACCAAAUUUCUCUAGAUCAUUCUCGUAAUGCUGUUACUAAUGGGAUGAGUGAUCUUGAAGAUGAGUAUCGAAAAUUUCUGGAGUAUUAUGUGAAUCAGUUGGAAAUCAUGAUGGGUCGAACGGCUGAUAAUAAUACUCCUCUUGAUGAAAAUAUGCAAGUUGAGUCGAGAUGGACGAGUGUCUUGCAGAUUUUGAAAUCUCAAUGUGAACAUUGGGAAAUGAAGGCAGCAUUGCUGAAUUCUGGCUGCGCAUCACUCGAGAUGCAGAGUCGGGAAAUGUAGACAGAAAUUUGACCCUUGGUCAUACAGAAUUGAGUUUCGCUAUUAUGAAUUUUUUU